AUCCUGACUUCCUAUAGACCCUGCAUUCACUAUAUCUGGUCUCCCAGGACCCUGCAUUCACUAUAUCUGGACCCUGCAUUCACUAUAUCUGGUCUCCCAGGACCCUGCAUUCACUAUAUCUGGUCUCCCCGGACCCUGAAUUCACUAUAUCUGGUCUCCCAGGACCCUGCAUUCACUAUAUCCGGUCUCCCCGGACCCUGCAUUCACUAUAUCUGGUCUCCCCAGACCCUGCAUUCACUAUAUCUGGUCUCCCCAGACCCUGCAUUCACUAUAUCUGGUCUCCCAGGACCCUGCAUUCACUAUAUCUGGUCUCCCCGG